UCAUAUACUUUCUCUGCAAGAAAAAUAAAAUUCUUCUCUAUGUCACAUACCUCAACAACUAUUGAAUCAUUCAAACUCUCAACAACAUAUAAAAAACACACUAUUCUUGUAUACUUUUGUAAAACACACAAACAAAGUUCUUAGCUAGCUUUACUUGUGACUGCCAUGGGCGAUGAUCAAUUGGCGGUAUUAGACAUUCAUCAACUAGAAAUAAUAUCAUACCUAGGCCGGGGAGCUAGAGGCGUCGUGUUUUUGGCUCGAGACAAGUCAUCAAAUGGAGAAUUGUUUGCUUUGAAGACAAUUUUAAAAGUGGCGACUAGUACAAAUAAACAUAAGAAGAUUGAUCAUAAUGAUAGUAGUGAGCUUAGUGAAAUUCAUUUUGAGCAAAAGGUGUUGCGAGUACUGCAACAUCCCUUGCUACCUAAACUCCGUGGCAUUUUAGCCACGAAGAUUAUCACUGGCUAUGCUAUAGAUUAUUGUCCUGGUCGUGAUCUCAAUUAUCUUCGCAAGAAACAAACAGAAAGAAUGUUUUCGGUUGAUAUAAUCAGAUUUUAUGCCGCGGAAUUAGUACUUGCAUUGGAGUAUCUACACAAUAUGGGAAUUGCAUAUCGCGAUUUAAAGCCAGAAAACAUAAUGAUACAAGAAAAUGGACAUCUAAUGCUUGUGGAUUUCGAUCUCUCAACAAAGUUAUCCCCGAAAUUACCAUCAUCCGAAGAAAGAUCAAUAAUAUUAGAAAAAUCUCCAUUAUUACCAAAAUCAAAUUCCAAGCCACCAAUGAAGAAAAGAAACAAUAAUCGUUUAUCACUUUUUUGUUGUAGACAUGAUUUUCCAAUACAAGACUCGGUACAUCCAGCCGAGUCAGAAGAUCAUAUCUCCGAGCCAAUUAGUACUUACACGAUCACUAGCUCGUUUUCAAAGACGAAUUCGUUUGUGGGCACGGAAGAAUACAUUGCACCCGAAAUGUUACAAGGUAAUGGGCAUGAUCAUAUGGUCGAUUUUUGGUGUUUAGGCAUUGUUUUAUAUGAAAUGUUAUAUGGGACAACACCCUUUAAAGGAAUAAAUAGGAAAGUAACAUUUUACAACAUUUUGUCAAAGACCCCGGAGCUUGUUGGCGAAACGACACCGUUGAGAGAUCUGAUACGAAAGUUGUUAGUCAAGGAUCCAAAAGAAAGGAUAUCAAUGGUUCAGAUUAAAGGACAUGAGUUCUUUUUGGGUGUUGAUUGGGAGAAAAUUUUGGAUAUUGCUAGACCACCUUUUGUUCCUGGACCGUUGGAUGAGAAUGGUAUGGAUGUAAAUAAUAUUGAUAUUGAGGGUUUUGUGAAAAAUGUGUUCGAAGCCAAUGUUGAUUGUGAUGUUGAUAAGGAGAAGGAAGAGAGUGAUGGAUUCUUGAUUUUUUAACGGUUUUUUAAAUGUUUGUUAAGAUUUAUAUAGCUUAUACUUUAUCUUUACCACAAAAUUAUUUUAACAAUAAUACAAAACCUUUUAGCAAAA